GCAGAACACGAACCCUGGAAAAGGUCGACGCGCUACCAUGAGUGUGUCUAACAUGAAUGUGUGUGAGGAGAGAGAGGAAGGAGCUCCUACCUUGAAAACCACGCUGUCGGGGGAACAUGACAGCCAGACCCAAGCUAAGAGUCCAGGCCACUGGGAGAGACCAGUCUCCCCUGUACCCAGCUGUUUGUCCAUGAAGAGUGACCGGUCCAUGGGAGAACCAGGGACCAAUUUUAAAGAACCCCACCCUUCAAAAAAGAGUGUCCAUCAGGAGAGACCAGACUCCCCCGUAUCCACCUGUCCGUCCACGGCGAGUGAUGAUUCUAUGGAGCCACCUAUUUAUUUCAAAUAUGAACACCACUCUGCUGUACAGAGCAUCCAUCAGGAGAGACCGGACUUCCCUGUAUCCAGCUGCCUGUCCAUGAAGGGUCACCGGUCUAUGGGAGAACCAGGGACCAAUUUUAAAGAACCCCACCCUUCUAAAAAGAGGGUCCAUCAGGAGAAACCAGACUACCGUGUAUCCACCUGUCCGUCCACGGCGAGUGACCAGUCUCUUGAUCCACCUAUUUAUUUCAAAGAUGGACACCAUUCUUCUGAACAGAGAAACCACCAGGAGAAGUCAGAGGUUCCCAGUGGUCAGUCUGUCCAAGAGAAUCAAACAGACCUAGACUCCAUAAUUAUGCUGGUUGAAGGCGACAUCGUCAGUUAUGUGAAGGAGGAGCUGAAGAGGGUCCAGAAGGUUUUGAGUCCAGAAUACUCAGGGUGCUUAGAGAGACAGAGGGAGGAGGAAGAGCAGACGAGGAGCGCCAGAGAGGCACUUCUGAAGCUCACAGUGCACUUCCUGAGGAUUAGGAAGCAGGAGGGGCUGGCUGACUCUCUGGAGAACAAAACUCUUGUUCCUGUGUGCCGGAGUAAACUCAAAUCUGCGCUUAAGGAGAAGUUUCACCGUUUGUUUGAGGGUGUCGCGAAACCAGGAGAGUCAACAUCUCUGAAUCAGAUCUACACUGAGCUCUACAUCACAGAGGGAGGGAGUGGAGAGGUCAAUAAUGAACAUGAGGUCAGACAGAUUGAAAUAGCAUCCAGGAAACAAGUGAGACCAGAAACACUGAUCAAAUGUGAAGACAUCUUUCAACCCUUACCUGGACAAGAUAAGCCAAUCAGAACAGUGAUGACAAAGGGAGUGGCUGGCAUCGGUAAAACAGUCUUAACACAGAAGUUCACUCUGGACUGGGCUGAAGGCAACGCUAACGAUAAUAUACACUUAAUAUUUCCAUUCACUUUCAGAGAGCUGAACACGCUGAAAGAGAAAAAGUUCAGCUUGGUAGAGCUUCUUUAUCACUUCUUUGUUGAAACCAAAGAAGCAGGAAUCUGUAGCUUUGACCAAUUCCAAGUUGUGUUCAUCUUUGAUGGUCUGGAUGAGUGUCGACUCCCUCUGGACUUCCAGAACAAUGAGACCUGGACAGAUGUCACAAAGUCCACCUCAGUGGACGUUCUGCUGACAAACCUCAUCAAGGGAAAACUGCUUCCCUCUGCUCGCCUCUGGAUAACCACACGACCUGCAGCAGCCAAUCAGAUCCCUGCUGAGUGUGUUGACAUGGUGACAGAGGUGAGGGGGUUCACUGAGCCACAGAAGGAGGAGUACUUCAGGAAGAGAUUCAGCGAUGAGGAGAAGGCCAGGAUAAUCAUCUCACACAUCAAGACAUCACGAAGCCUCCACAUCAUGUGUCACAUCCCAGUCUUCUGUUGGAUCACCGCUACAGUUCUGGAUCAUGUGCUGAAAACAGAUGAGAGAGGAGCGAUGCCCAAGACCCUGACUGAGAUGUACAUCCACUUCCUGGUGGUUCAGUCCAUCCAGGAAAAUGUGAAGUAUUAUGGGAGAUCUGAGACAGAGCCAUGUUGGAAUAAAGAGAGCAGGAAGAUGAUUAUGUCUCUGGGAAAACUGGCCUUCGAGCAGCUGGAGAAAGGUAACCUGAUCUUCUAUGAAGCAGAUCUGACAGAGUGUGGCAUUGAUAUCAGAGCGUCAUUAUACUCAGGAGUGUUCACACAGAUCUUUAAAGAGGAGUGUGGGCUGUACCAGGCCAAGGUCUUCUGCUUUGUCCAUCUGAGCAUUCAGGAGUUUCUGGCUGCUCUUUAUGUCUUUCUCUUAUUCGUCAGCACUGGAAACAACCUACUGUCAGAAACACAGUCAACCUCCAAGAAGUCUUCAGAAUCAACCCUCUACCAGAGAGCAGUGGACAAGGCCUUACAGAGUCCAAAUGGACACCUGGACUUGUUCUUGCGCUUCCUCCUGGGCUUCUCAUUGGAGAACAAUCAGAUUCUCCUACGAGGCCUACUGGGAAAGACAGGAAGUAGCUCACAGACCAAUCAAACAACAGUCCAGUACAUCCAAGAGAAGAUCCGGGAGGAUCUCUCCCCAGAGAGAAGCAUCAAUCUGUUCCACUGUCUCAGUGAACUGAAUGACCAUUCUCUAGAAGAGGAGAUCCAACAGUACCUAACAUCAGGAAAGCUAUCCACAGACCAACUCUCUCCUGCUCAGUGGUCAGCUCUGGUCUUCAUCUUACUGUCUUCAGAAAAGGAGCUGGAUGUGUUUGACCUGAAGAAAUACUCUGCUUCAGAGGAGGGUCUUCUGAGGCUACUGCCAGUGGUCAAGGCCUCAAGAAAAGCUCUGUUGAAUGUGUGUAAUCUGUCAGAGAGAAGCUGUGAACUUUUGGCCUCAGUUCUCAGCUCCCCCUCCUCUAGUAUGAGAGAGCUGGACCUGAGUUACAAUGAUCUGCAGGAUUCAGGAGUGAAGCUGCUCUCUGAUGGACUGAAGAGUCCACACUGUAGACUGGAAACUCUCAGGUUGAGUUUGUGUAAUCUGUCAAAGAGCAGCUGUGAAGUUAUGGCCUCAGUUCUCAGCUCCCCCUCCUCUAGUAUGAGAGAGCUGGACCUGAGUAACAACGAUCUGCAGGAUUCAGGAGUGAAGCUGCUCUCUGAUGGACUGGGUAGUCCACACUGUAGACUGGAAACUCUCAGGCUGUCGGGCUGUCUGGUCACAGAGAAAGGUGUUUCUUCUCUGCUCUCAGCUCUGAGCUCCAACCCGUCCCAUCUGAGAGAGCUGGACCUGAGCUACAACCAUCCAGGAGACUCAGGAGGGAAGCUGCUCUCUGCUGGACUGGAGGAUCCACACUGGAGACUGGACACUCUCAGAAUGGACCAUGCCGGAGUGUGCAGGUUGACACCAGGUCUGAGGAAGUAUACCUGUGAACUCACGCUGGACCCGAACACAGCAAACGGAAGCCUCCGUCUAUCUGAGGACAACAGAAAGGUGGUGCUGGGGAGAGAGGAGCAGUCGUAUCCUGAUCAUCCAGACAGAUUUGACUACUUGAAACAGGUUCUAUGUAGAAAGAGUCUAAAGGACCGCUGUUACAUCGAGGUGGAGUGGAAAGGAUGGGUUGAUAUAGGAGUGACUUACAGAGGAAUCAGAAGGAGAGGAAGAGGUGUUGACUGUUUUCUUGGAUGGAAAGAAAAGUCCUGGAGUCUGUUCUGCUGUAGUGAUGGUUACACUGCCUGUCAUAAUAAUAAAAGAAGAAAGACACAAAUCUCCCCCUCUGACAGAGUAGGAGUGUAUCUGGACUGGUCUGCUGGAACUCUGUCCUUCUACAGAGUCUCCUCUGACACACUGACGCACCUCCACACCUUCACCUCCACGUUCACUGAGCCUCUCUAUGUUGGGAUUAAGUUUGGGUUCGAGUCGUAUGACUCCUCAGUGCGUCUGUGUUAGAUAGAGGAGGUAGAGACGCCUCCACUGUCCUGGAGGAACACUCACAUACCAUUUCAGCAGCCGCCCACAGACAGCUACUGAAAUGGUAGAUCACUUGACACAGGGUCACCGAUCACGUGAUCACUAGGGUUGCCAACCGUUCCUUAAAAU